CACAGUCACACACACACAGUCACACACACACACAGUCACACACACACACACACAGUCACACACACACAGUCACACACACACAGCUCCUUAGGGACAUUAGUAUUUAUGUGACAGGCGGCAGUUGUCUGUGCAGUAGGGGCAUAGAAACUAAAUGGAGACGUCACAACACUUCACACAUUCUGAAUAACUCUGAUGUUGUAAGUCUCCACUACAUACAGAAUUUUACUUGUAUAGAUAGAAUGAUUGACACUUGUAGAGUGUUCAUUAAUGUUUAUUAACAAGUAGUUAUAAAGUGCCAGCUCAUUCUGUUUUGCUGAGCUUUAAGAUGGAUAGAGAGGAGCAGUUGGAUUGGCAAAUAGAGAUGGAAAAUGGCUAGAAGUUUGGAUAUGCAGUUUGACUGGCAGAUGGAGUGGAGACGAGUAAUUGGUAGAUAUAUGGGUAGGGCAGUAAUUGGUAGAGAUGUGGGGGGGGCAGAAGGUUGGAUGUGUGGUUGGACAGGUAGGUAGAGAUGUAGUGGAGACAGAAGGUUGGAUGUGUGGUUGGACAGGUAGGUAGAGUUAUGGGGAGGGGAGGAGCCUGGAUAUGUGGUUGGUUGGACCGGCAUGAAGAGAAGUGGCGGUUGCAGAAGGUUGGAUGUGUGGUUGGUUGGACUGGCAGGUAGAAAUGUGUGUUAGUAUUUAGCGUUGCCACCUUUUUCAGAAAAAGAUACUGGCCUUUUUUCCCUAUUAAUAACAUUGGGAUCAACCAUCAUUUUUACCGGCCAGGUGGCAACCCUAGAUGUAGUGGAGACAGAAGGUUGGAUGUGUAGUUGGACAGGUAGGUAGAGAUGUAGUGGAAACAGAAGGUUGGAUGUGUGGUUGGACAGGUAGGUAGAGAUGUAGUGGAGACAGAAGGUUGGAUGUGUGGUUGGACAGGUAGGUAGAGAUGUAGUGGAAACAGAAGGUUUGAUGUGUGGUUGGACAGGUAGGUAGAGAUGUAGUGGAAACAGAAGGUUUGAUGUGUGGUUGGACAGGUAAGUAGAGAUGUAGUGGAGACAGAAUGUUGGGUGUGUGGUUGGACAGGUAAGUAGAGAUGUAGUGGAGACAGAAUGUUGGGUGUGUGGUUGGACAGGUAAGUAGAGAUGUAGUGGAGACAGAAGGUUGGAUGUGUGGUUGGACAGGUAAGUAGAGAUGUAGUGGAGACAGAAGGUUGGAUGUGUGGUUGGACAGGUAAGUAGAGAUGUAGUGGAGACAGAAGGUUGGAUGUGUGGUUGGACAGGUAAGUAGAGAUGUAGUGGAGACAGAAGGUUGGAUGUGUGGUUGGACAGGUAGGUAGAGAUGUAGUGGAGACAGAAGGUUGGAUGUGUGGUUGGACAGGUAAGUAGAGAUGUAGUGGAGACAGAAGGUUGGAUGUGUGGUUGGACAGGUAAGUAGAGAUGUAGUGGAGACAGAAGGUUGGGUGUGCAGCUGGGUUGGCAGACCACCACUAGACCAAUGCCUUGCGCAUUUCAGGUGUAACCGCCCUUGAUCAUAGGCUGUCUUUAGAUGUUGGUUUAGUGGCGGUUGGCUUUUUAUGGACUAAAUAAACAUAUUCUUUAUAGCACAGCGUUGCUGCUUCAAAUUUUUACUUCUAAUCAGUGUUUCUUCAAAGCUUGAGAAACCAACAGACUCGCUGACUCAAGAACGUAUUUGUAGCUGACAGAUCCUGUUUUAUUUUGUUGCUUUGAAUUGGAAAACAGAGGGAGUAGAUUGUAUGACUUGGGUCAUUGUUACAUUGGCGCGACUGAAAUCUGAGCAUCAGAUACCAAUAAUAAUAACAAUAAAUUAUUUAUUGAAACCGCUAGUAACCAAUUGUAUUCUUUGCCCAACCAACUGUGUAACAGAAUUAACCGUAUAAAAGAUGGCAUCGGGGAAACUGCGAGUGGCUGUGAUUGGAGCUGGAGCUGCGGGCCUGUGCUGUGCCCACCACCUCCUGGCAACACCUUCAGUUUAUGAAGCUCCGGUUGUAUUUGAGACGACGGGGCAAGUGGGGGGCACCUGGGUUUAUACAGAGGGUUCAGAGAUUAGCUCUCAUGUCCACUCCAGCAUGUACAGACACCUCAGGACUAAUCUGCCCAAAGAAAUCAUGGAGUUCCCUGAUUUCAGCUUUGACCCAUCUGUCCCGUCAUUCCCACAUCACUCCAAGGUGUUGCAGUACCUGGAGGAUUACACGGACAAGUUUGGAAUACGCCCACACAUACGGUUCCACUGCACAGUGGAGUCCCUCUCUCCAGUACUGGGGGACGGGGAUACUGUACAGGUUCCUUGGGACGUGACAUUCCGCACCCAGGGUGAUGCUCAUCCGGUGACACAGAGGUUUGAAGCUGUGAUGGUUUGUGCAGGACACUACUCUAAGCCCUAUAUCCCAGACAUCGCUGGAAUUGAAACUUUUCAAGGCCAUAUUCUUCACAGUCACGUCUACCGGCACCCUGAGGUCUUCUCCUCCCGUUCUGUGGUUCUCUUGGGUUCAGGCCCUUCUGGGGUAGAUAUUGCCAUGGAGCUGGCUCCUUAUGCGGAGAAGGUCACGCUGAGCCACCGUGGUCCUCCCCUGCAGUGGGCUCUCCCCAAAAAUAUGUCUUUGGCUCCUGCUUUGGCCUCUGUUGCUCCCCACACCCUGACCUUUGAGGAUGGGACUGAGCUGAAGGCAGAUACUUUAAUAUUCUGUACUGGGUACAAAUACAGUUACCCUUUUCUGGUGCCUUGUGAGGGAAAGAGGUGUUCUGAGAAAACAGCAAGUAAUGGACAUCCGGAAUCUUCCAAGGAAACUUUGGGUGCAAAUGAACAUCCUCAGGAAUCUCGACUAUCCAAGGAGCAGUCGGUUAAUUUACUGGAAGAGGAGGAGUUCUUAGGUCCAGAUAUGGGACAAGGCCAUAUUCCACCACUCUACAGGCACCUGAUCCAUGCCCGUUACCCCACCUUGUGCUUCAUUGGGGCUUGUAAAAUAGUAGUUCCCUUCCCACUGUUCAACUGUCAGGUUCUGUUCUUCUUAGCGGUGCUCGAGGGUAAAUGCCAGUUGCCGCCACCGAACAAAAUGCUUUCUGAGUCCCGUGAAGAGCUGAAGAAACACCUGAGAGAUGGACUGCCCCUUAAGUACUUGCACCGACUAGAAAGGGAACAGUGGAGGUAUAACCACUGCCUUGCGGAGACUGCAGGUUUCGAACCCUUGCCCCCCGUGCUGCAGUCUAUAUAUGAGACUUGUAGGAGUUUUAGGAAAGCUGAUCCUACAUCCUACAGGGGCCUCAACUUCCAGGUCCUGAGCAAAGACCAGUUCAGAAUAAUCUCCAGUUAGUGUCAUUCUCUUUUCCCAGCACUAACAUGUAGCCCAUGGUGCCAAUUUACGCGGCAUCCCCUGGUGACUCAGAAAGUUUUCUUUAGAGGUGCUUUGUAGCCAUCUUGCCUUCUCCAGCAACUGCUGUUGGAUUUUAGGUUCUUGCAUGGUUAAGCAGCUGAAGAACUACUGAUCCUACACCUCCAUGAGGCACCAAUGGCGUGGUCUCUUACUAGAGAAUUCCUUUGCACGUAAAGAGUGACUGAAGUUUAUCAGAGCACAAGUCACAUGACUGGGUGUACCUGGAAACUGUCAAUUUGUCUAGCCCCAUUUCGGUGCAGAACUUUGCUUGAGCAGCACUAUUAGCUGCUGUGUUU